ACACCCCAGCCCCCAAGGCGACCCAUACACAAACCAACCAGCAGAGCCCCUGAAUCCUGAUCGCCCUCCACUGACCGCCGCACCUCCUCUGGAGGAGACCAAAAGGCCGAGCACACCAGCAGCCACACAGAGAUCAGAGAGAGAGAGAUUACUACUGCUAAAAGGCUCGCAAGCAAGCUAGUCAAAACGUACUUGCAGCUCGCGCCGGCAACCAAUCGCCAGAGGACAGCGCCCCUCCCUGCCUAUAUCUUCUCCAACAGUGGGAAGGGGAGCGAGAGGACGCGCGCGAGCUUUCCAGCCCCCGCCCCGGAUCAUCGAUCGAUCGGCGCCGUCAUGUGCAACGCCGCCGGGAGCGACACCGCCUUGCCGCCGCCGCCGGCGCCCUUGCCGCCGCUCGGCUCCUUCAAGGCCUCCGCGCACCAGCUCCUCCGCCCCGUCGACGGCGACGACGCCGGCGGCCAUGCGCUGCAGCUCUCCAAGGUGGCCGGCGAGGCGCGGGCGAUCGGCCGGGUGUCGGUGCCGAUGGCGGUGACGGGGCUCGUCAUGUACUCGCGGGCGCUCAUCUCCAUGCUCUUCCUGGGCCGACUGGGCGAGCUCGCGCUCGCCGGCGGGUCGCUGGCGCUCGGCUUCGCCAACAUCACCGGCUACUCCGUGCUCUCGGGCCUCGCGCUCGGCAUGGAGCCCAUCUGCGGCCAGGCCUUCGGCGCGCGCCGCGGCAAGCUGCUCGCGCUCGCGCUGCACCGCACCGUGCUGCUACUCCUCGCCGUCGCGCUGCCCAUCUCCCUCCUGUGGGUCACCUCCACGGGGUACAUACUCAAGCUGCUGGGGCAGGACGAGGGCGUCGCGGACGCCGCGCAGACGUUCGCCGCGUACUCGUCGGCGGACCUCGCCGUGCUCGCCGUGCUGCACCCGCUGCGCGUCUACCUCCGGUCGCAGAACCUGACGCUGCCCAUCACGGCGUGCUCCCUCUUCUCGGUGCUGCUGCACGGGCCCAUCAACUACCUCCUCGUCGACCGCCUCGGCAUGGGCGUCGCCGGGGUGGCGCUCGCCGUCGCGCUCACCGACCUCAACCUGCUCCUCGCGCUCCUCUGCUUCCUCGCCAUCUCGGGCGCGCACAGGGACUCGUGGGUGGGCCCUACCUCCGACUGCCUCCGCGGCUGGCCGGCGCUACUCCGCCUGGCGGUCCCCACCGCCACGGCGGUCUGCCUCGAGUGGUGGUGGUACGAGCUCAUGAUCGUGCUGUCGGGGCUCCUGGCCAACCCGCGCGCCACCGUGGCGUCCAUGGGCAUCCUCAUCCAGGCCACGUCGCUCGUCUACGUGUUCCCCUCCUCGCUGGGCCAGGGCGCGUCCACGCGCGUCAGCCACCAGCUCGGCGCAGGCCGCCCCGGGGGCGCGCGCCGCGCCGCCGGCGCCGCGCUCUCCAUCGGCGUCGCCGUGGGCCUGGCGGCCGCCACCUUCAUGGUGUCCGUGCGCGACCACUGGGGCCGCAUGUUCACGUCGGACGCGGACAUCCUCCGGCUGACGGCCGUGGCGCUCCCCAUCGCGGGGCUCUGCGAGCUCGGCAACUGCCCGCAGACGGCCGGCUGCGGCGUCCUCCGCGGAAGCGCCCGCCCGGCCAGCGGCGCGCGCAUCAACCUGGCCUCCUUCUACCUGGUGGGCAUGCCGGUGGGCGUGGCGCUGGCGUUCGGCGCCCGGCUGGGGUUCGCCGGUCUGUGGCUCGGCCUCCUGGCGGCGCAGGCCGCCUGCGCCGUGUGGAUGGCGCGCGCGGUGGCGGGCACCGACUGGGACGUGGAGGUGUCGCGCGCCAAGGAGCUGACCAAAGCCAGCACCAGCAACAACCACAGCAGCGAGUGCAACGCCACCACCCCGGCUAGUGAUAUAACCACUGUGAUCGCCACUAUCGCCACAGGCGGCACUACCAACAGCAAUGCCGCCGCCGGCUGCAAGAACAGCAGCGGCUACGUGCCGAUCAGCGAGAGCUGCGGCGGCAACGACAACGAGCUGGAGAAACUGGAGGCCGGCCUGAUGACCAGCGACGACAGCGCCAACGGAGGCGACAAUACCGAUGCCGUGGUUAGGGAGAAUCACGGCAGCAGUGGUAACAGUGGCGGUGCUGGUACGACGACGGCGACGGAGGGAAAGGAGCAGAGGAGGGGCGGGCCGGAGCGGGCCCCGCUCAUCAGUGUAGGGGACGGGGAGCACGAUGGCGACGGCCGUGGAGGUGGCCAGGUCUAAGCGCGUGCGUGAUUGGUCGAUUAAUCCAUUAAUCUUUGCCAUUGACUUUGAUCCGUCCCUCCGUCUCCAUUUCAUCCUCCUGUUUAGUGUUUUUUUUUUCUUUGAAUUGGGGCGAGGUUUUGUGACAAUUCACUCCUACUAGAGACCGAUCGAAAAGAUUACAUGUUUUGCCAUCUACAUAUAUAUAAUUUCUUUUCUACCUAUCCUCAACCCCAGUGAGAGUACACACAAUGUGCACGCAUGCAUGUAGUGUAACUCCUGCCUCCAUGUAAGACUGUAAGAGCUAGAGGUCUCUUAUAAAAAAAUUGAUGAGAUGCUGAGUUGCUGAUGGCAA